CGCUCUCUGCGCGUUUCUUAUCCUCGUAGUUCCCUUUCUAUAAUGUCCCUCGCGGUUCGCCAAGCAGGAGCACGAACUUCGACGCCGCCAAUCCCCGCGCUCGAUUAGUCAACCUGAAUCCGACUCCCUAGUCCUCGCGUUCCCCCCGCUCAGUUUGGCUCGUCGCGGAGGCAGAUGCUGCCUCUCAGUCUCGGAGGUUCUCCCAUGGCGUGUGGAGGUCUCCUUUUGGUUCUAUUCUUGUUACCCUCCGCCGGCGUCUUCUUCAGCUGCCGCAGAGUUGAGGGGUCGAUCCAUGAGUAUGGAGGCCGGAGGUUCGCGCCCGAAGGCAAUGCCUUUAUCCUUCACGGCGGAAGCGAGGGGCUCUAUGGUCCUGCUUCCUCCGCCAACGCUUCCGCUCCGAUGAACUCCUUCAUCCGUUUUGAAAAUAUCAAAUUCAGAAGAUCAAUGGAAGCUGCUGCUAAGGCAAAAACUUUUGGAACUAGAACUUCCUUAUCUGUCAAUGCAAUUGUCUUUGAUGUGGAGGAUCGUGAGAAAAUUGGUGGUUCAGCUUAUGGAGGUCAACGGGACAUAUGUUGCACAGCUGAUCUAGCAAAGCUAGGUUCUUGUACUGAAGGAACAAUCAUCUAUCGCCGAUCUAAUAGUUACCCUGAUUGGCCACAAGUACUUUCUGCAUCCUUCAAAGUAGAUGAUCUAGAGACUACAUUAUUAUCCAAAACAUUACAUGUCACGAAGACCAGGAUGUACAAUCUGUAUUUCAUUUACUGUGAUCCAGCACUUGAUGGGCUUGAAGUUGAUGGGAAGACUAUAUGGAAGAACCCUACUGGAUAUCUACCUGGAAGGAUGGAACCUCUCAUCAAAUUUUAUGGGUUCAUGUCUCUUGCCUUUUUGAUACUUGCAGUGUAUUGGUUUUCCCAGUAUGCAAGGUUCUGGACAGAGGUCAUGCCACUGCAGAACUGUAUAACACUUGUUAUCGCCUUAGGAAUGAUCGAAAUGGCCUUAUGGUACUCCGAGUAUGCUGAAUUCAACGAAACUGGCAUCCGAACGAAGGGGAUCACCUUCUGGGCAGUAACUUUUGGUGCUGUAAAACAGACAGUCUCACGUCUGCUAAUACUAAUCGUUUCCAUGGGAUAUGGUAUUGUUAGGCCUACUCUUGGUGGCUUUACUUCUAAGGUGGCCUUGCUCGGUGGAGCAUUCUUCCUAGCAUCAGAGAUCUUCGAAUUGGUGGAGAAUGUCUGGACCAUUAGCGAUGUUCCUUGGAAGCCAAUUUUAAUCUUGGCUCUGCCUGUGGCAAUAUUAGAUGCUAUGUUUAUCAUCUGGAUAUUUAUUUCUCUGUCAAAAACCUCGAAAAAACUUCAGGCAAGAAGAUUUACUGGGAAGCAAGACAUCUACCGGAAAUUCACUAAUGCCUUGAUCGUGACCGUUAUCGUAUCAAUUACUUGGAUAGCCUUUGAGUUGUAUUUCAAGGCAACAGAUGCAUAUGGUGAGAAGUGGCAGAGUGCAUGGAUGAUUCCAGCUUUUUGGCAGGUCCUCUCCUUCUCUGUGCUGUGUGUCAUCUGUUGUCUCUUGGCACCUUCUCAGAACUCCUUGAGAUAUGCCUAUUCGGAUGAUGGUGGUGAGGACUUCGUCAAUGAGGCUAACAAAUCCUUGAUUAAAACAGAACCAUACCCUUACAAGGACAGUUGGAGUUUCUCUGUGUCAUCAGAUAACAAAGAGACUACAACUCCAGAAGACGAUGAAGAUGGAGAAGAAAAAAGGGAGUAGCAAAAGGGUCGUAGUCACUUGUCAUGGAGCAACUCCUAUUUCUUUAUCCUUGUCUUCCUUUCACGAUGUAACAUCAGAGAACUACAAUUCUAAGUUGUUUUGUUUUGAGCAUAAUAAAUAAUAAUAAUCUGCUCAUAAUGUGUUCAUAGAACUUAAACUGCAGGUAAGAAGAACAGUUAAAAAUGAAAUCUUUA